GGAGUGCUUGUUGUACGAAAUAAUGAAAAAGCCAUGAUGAAGCUUAUCGCGGCGUAUGCGCCCACCUCAACAGUGGAUAACGGAGACGUCGAACAUUUCUACGAUGGGCUUGAAGCCGUGCUGCGACAACAGUCCUUGGAGACUUCGACGCCAGACUCAAAAAGAGAAGACUCCGAAGUUCACAAUGGACGCUUGGAGCAAGGAAUGAUAUAG